CCGCUUCCGGUUCCCGUGAGUGGAGUUCUCGUUCCUGCGGCGGUCUCAGGGCCGGCGUGGGCCCUCGGUACGGUGCAUCUUUUCCCCGCAAGUCGGCCUCUUUCCUCCGGAAUCAUGGCCACCGACUCGUGGGCCCUGGCGGUGGACGAGCAGGAAGCGUCUGUCAAGUCGAUGAGCAAUCUGCAGAUCAAGGAAGAGAAAGUCAAACCAGAUACCAAUGGUGUUAUCAAAACCAGUACUACUGCAGAGAAAACAGAUGAAGAAGAGAAAGAGGACAGAGCUGCCCAGUCCUUACUCAACAAGCUGAUCAGAAGCAACCUAGUUGACAACACAAACCAAGUGGAAGUCCUACAGCGGGAUCCAAACUCCCCCCUCUACUCCGUGAAGUCUUUUGAGGAGCUUCGGCUAACUUUCAAUAAUAUAUUGGCUGACAGGUGAUUUCUGGAUGUCAGGAACAUUUCUUACUAGGAAACCACAGCUUCUUCAGGGAGUCUAUGCUAUGGGCUUCAA